AUGACGGGCGGGGAGGGAAGAUGGGGGAGUGGAACGGGGCGAGAGACGUUUCCCUGGGCCCGAGGCGGGAGAGGUCGGUCUCCACACUUUAGGGGACACGCGCUGGCCCUGAGGUUUAACCAUCGGCCCUCCAUCCAUCCGAGUCUCCUCUCAAUCCGUGCCUCUCCUCUGGUCACCCCGCAGCCAGCAGCCCUGAAUUCUCCUGGCCAAUCACCCUGACCGUUCUCAGCCGAUCGAUCGAUCCUCUGUGCCUCCAGUGAACACUCACCCCCUCUCCUUCGUGAGACUCUUGGGGAGCUGAAAGGCGGCUCUGGCUGGCCUGGCCUGUCCCCGGCUCCACCCGGCCUCGGCCAGAUAGGAGGAGCACGGGGUGGGGAGGGAUAAGCGGAGUCGCGCGCGAGGAAGACUACACGCCAGCCCGGACUGGAACGACUGCUCCUGCCCUCCCCGGCGCCCGAUCCACACCCAUCCGCCCUCCUCCCCCUAGUCUCCAUGGUAGCCCCUGGCCACCCUCCCCGCCGAUAGUCGAGGUCCCCCAUCCCACCCCAACCAUGGAGUCUCCCGGCCAGCCCUCUGCCGGAACCCUGGAGAGGGACCCUCCCGAAAACCACCAGGUCCCGACGGUCUCGGAUGCCGGGGACCGGACCCCUGAAGGCCCGUCCCCUGCCACGACCCCACCCCCGACCCAGGACCAGGAGAACCGGGAGUCUCCACCGCCCGAGGCCAGCCCCGGCCGGUCAACGCCGCCGGCCGCCAGGGCCCUGGCCUCCCCGGCCCCCCGGCCCGAGGCCGACUUCUACUGCGUGAAAUGGAUUUCGUGGAAGGGGGAACAGACCCCCAUCAUCACCCAGAACGCCAACGGGCCUUGCCCGCUCCUCGCCAUCAUGAACGUGCUCUUCCUGCAGUGGAAGGUGAAGCUGACCCCCCAGAAGGAAGUGGUCACAUCCGAUGAGCUCAUGGCCCACCUCGGAGACUGCCUGCUGUCCAUCAAACCACAGGAGAAGGCGGAGGCGCUGCAGCUCAACUUCCAGCAGAACGUGGCCGACGCGGUGACGGUGCUGCCCAAACUGUCCACGGGGCUGGAUGUCAACGUACGCUUCACGGGCGUCACCGACUUUGAGUACACGCCCGAAUGCAGCGUCUUCGACCUCCUCGGCAUCCCCCUCUAUCAUGGCUGGCUGGUCGACCCGCAGAGCCCUGAGGUGGCAAGUGCUGUUGGCAAGCUGAGCUACAACCAGCUGGUCGAGAAGAUCAUUGCCUGCAAACACUCGAGCGACUCGGCGCUGGUAACUGAAGGGCUGGUGGCAGAGCAGUUCCUGGAGGGGGCGGCGACCCAGCUGACCUACCACGGGCUAUGCGAGCUCAACGCCGUCGUCCGCGAGGGGGAACUCAGCGUAUUCUUCCGGAACAACCACUUUAGCACCAUGGUCAAGGACAAGGGCCACCUGUACCUGCUGGUGACAGACCCAGGCUUCCCUGCGGGAGGAGCAGGUGGUGUGGAGAGUCUGCACAGCGUCGAUGGCGACGGCUGUUUCUGCGAUGCCCACUUCCACCUGAGCCCGGCCCCGGGGGCCGCGGGGCCGCUGCCCACCCAGGACCAGCAACGCCAAGUGGACCAGGACUACAUGAUCGCACUUUCCCUGCAGCAGCAGCAGCAACCGGCCAUGGCGGGGGGCACCUCGGCCCUCAGCGACCUGGAGCUGGCUCGGCAGCUGCAGCAGGAAGAAUACCAGCAGCAGCCGCCGGCUGGACCCCCUUCACCCCGUGCACCCCCUCCCCAGGCCCGAGGGGCUGCGCCCAGACGGCAGGAACGCCAGGAACGCCGGCAGCGGCCCAAGCAGGAGUCGGACUGCACGCUCCUGUAGACGACCCCCCCAAACCUCCCCGUCCCACCCCCCGCCCCUCGGGACGCACAGGGUAACUUAUUUCACGGGCUGGGGGGAGGGGGGAUGGGGGUGUUUCCCGGGGCCCCCGCGGUUUCCGAGUUUCCUCAGGGUUUCCACUCUCCGGCCUUGGCGCGGCCCCCGCGGGGUUUGGAAUAAAAGGGUCUUUCCCGA